ACAUCUGUCCCAUUACAUUUACGUAUACUGAAUCACGUGAUCAAAGAUUUUUUACAUCUCAGAUGCAUCCGAUGUGGAUUCUCAAACGCAGCAUUAGUGUACCGUAAUAUGAAAGCUCCUACCCAUCUCCUACCUCCAUGACUCCUACUUUCCAAUUUCAUGCCACGCCACUGAGUUCGAUCCUAUUUCUCAUUUCUCACAAUCUUAUAAGAGCAUGCGUAGUGAGUACCCAUUUAUAGAAGUUUAUUCGCUAUCACAAGGUGACCCCUAAUCAAGAAAAUAAGUAAUCCUCCAAAAUAAAAUAGUGCGGUCGAGCCGGUCGAAGGUAAAUCAAGUCUUUGUAAAAUUGUCAAUCGUUGGUACCAGUACUAGCUGGUAUUUAAGAUUUAAUUCGCAAUGGCCACACCACAAUCGGACAACGAACGAAGAAAACAAAUCAGUGUCAGGGGCAUCGCCGAAUUGGACGAUGUGAAUGAAAUCAAAAAAACUUUCAACAGGCACUUGCACUACACCCUUGUGAAAGAUAGAAAUGUAGCCACUUCCAGGGAUUACUAUUUCGCCUUAGCCCAUACUGUUAAGGACCAUUUGGUUUCGAGAUGGAUAAGAACCCAGCAAUAUUAUUACGAAAAAGAUCCCAAGAGGGUGUACUACCUUUCAUUGGAAUUUUAUAUGGGUCGUUCCCUGCAAAAUACCAUGAUCAACUUAGGAAUACAAACCUCUGUAGAUGAAGCUCUCUAUCAAUUAGGUUUAGAUAUAGAAGAACUCGAAGAUAUAGAGGAAGACGCCGGUCUCGGCAACGGUGGUCUAGGACGUUUGGCAGCUUGCUUCUUGGACUCUAUGGCCACUCUAGGUAUGGCGGCGUAUGGUUACGGUAUCAGAUACGAAUACGGUAUAUUUGCCCAAAAAAUUAUCAACGGCGAACAACAGGAAGAACCCGACGAUUGGUUAAGAUAUGGUAACCCAUGGGAGAAAGCAAGACCGGAAUACAUGCUUCCUGUAAACUUCUACGGAAACGUCGUCGACACACCCGAGGGUAAAAAAUGGGUCAACACACAAGUAGUUUUCGCCCUGCCUUACGAUAACCCCAUUCCUGGAUACCAGAACAACGUUGUCAACACCUUGAGGUUGUGGUCGGCCAAAUCUCCCGUUGAUUUUAAUCUCAAAUUCUUCAACGAUGGUGACUACAUCCAGGCUGUGUUGGAUAGAAAUCUCGCAGAAAAUAUAUCUAGAGUUCUUUACCCCAACGACAACUUCUUUGAGGGAAAAGAACUCCGUUUGAAACAAGAGUACUUCAUGUGCGCCGCUACUUUGCAAGACAUCAUCAGACGAUUCAAAUCAGCCAAUUUUGGAACCCGUGAACCUACAAGAACCAACUUCGACCUAUUGCCCUCCAAAGUUGCCAUUCAACUCAACGAUACCCAUCCAGCAAUGGCGAUACCAGAAUUGAUGAGGAUUUUGAUUGAUAUUGAAGGUCUUUCUUGGGAAAAAGCCUGGGAAAUAACUGUCAAGACAUGCGCUUACACCAAUCACACUGUGCUUCCAGAAGCACUCGAAAGGUGGCCGGUAUCUCUGCUGGAAAGCAUUCUUCCCAGACACUUGGAAAUAAUCUACCACAUUAACUUCUUGCAUAUAGAGGACAUUAAAAAACGUUGGCCUACGGAUCUCGAUAGAAUGAGACGCAUGUCGCUGAUCGAAGAAGAUGGCGAAAAGCGCGUCAAUAUGGCUCAUCUUGCCAUUGUCGGUUCUCAUGUUGUCAAUGGAGUUGCUAGAAUUCACUCUGAAAUUAUCAAAGCCGAUUUAUUCCGUGACUUUUAUGAACUCACUCCUGAGAAAUUCCAGAACAAAACCAACGGUAUCACCCCUAGAAGGUGGUUACUCCUUUGUAACCCAGGUUUGAGCGACUUAAUCUCUGAUAAAAUAGGAGAAGAUUGGACCGUUCAUUUGGAUCGCCUCGCGGAAUUGAAAAAAUGGGCCAAGGACCCAAAUUUCCAAAGAGCCGUCAUGAAAGUCAAACAAGAAAACAAACUGAGAUUAUCUCAACUGUUAGAGAAGGAUUACGGUGUCAAAAUUAACCCUUCUUCGAUGUUCGACAUUCAAGUUAAGAGGAUUCACGAAUACAAGAGGCAGCUCCUGAACGCCCUUCAUGUCAUUACUUUAUACAACAGAAUUAAGAAGAAUCCUUCGGCCAAAUUCACUCCUAGGACCAUCAUGGUCGGAGGAAAGGCCGCCCCUGGUUACUACGCCGCUAAAAAGAUCAUCAAAUUGAUCAAUAUGAUCGCUAAUGUUGUCAACAACGACCCAAUCAUAGGUGACAAGCUCAAAGUUAUCUACUUGGAAAAUUACAGAGUUACCUUAGCCGAAAAGAUCAUGCCUGCCGCCGACUUAAGUGAACAGAUCUCUACUGCUGGUACAGAAGCGUCUGGUACAGGUAACAUGAAGUUCCAAUUGAAUGGUGCCCUCACCAUUGGUACUCUAGAUGGAGCCAACGUAGAGAUGGCUGAAGAAAUGGGCGACGAGAAUAUUUUCAUCUUUGGUAUGACAGUCGAUGAAGUUGAAGCAUUGAAAAAGAAAGGUUACGACGCCAUGGAGUACUAUAACGCUAAUCCCGAAUUGAAACAAGUUGUAGAUCAAAUUCAAAACGGAUUCUUCAGUCCAGGAAACCCAGAUGAGUUUAAGGAUCUGGCUGAUAUAUUGUUGAAGUACGACAGGUUCUUCUUGCUGGCCGAUUAUGACGCUUAUAUCAAGAAACAGGAUGAAGUUAGUGCUGUCUACCAGAAUCAAUCUAAAUGGUUGGAAAUGGCAAUCAACAACAUUGCAUCAUCAGGGAAAUUCUCCAGUGACAGAACCAUCAUCGAAUAUGGGAAGGACAUUUGGGACGUAGAACCCAGUUACGAGAAACUUCCCGAUCCUUCACUUCCCAGGGAAUUAGCUUUAAAGUAAUUUUUUAAAAUUGUCGCUUUAAAAAACAACUUUUGUAAAGUUGUAUUAUUAGUAUAACUUUAGAAAAAAAAAGUAUUCUUCGGUCUUUUGGGUAUAGUAAGCAUAAUUCACUUAAUAGUGCCAUAUAUAAUUAAAAUAAAAAAUCUCAGAAUGAAUAAAAGUCGAAGGCCUUUGGUG